CAACUUUAUUCCCCCACAUUGUCUUCUUCUAUACUCUGUUCUUCAGAUUACAGUGUGUUUCAACUUUCGAGCAGCGGAUUUACAGGAGAAAUGAACUGAAUAACUUCCCAGGAAUCGCCUGUAUAGACCAAAGAGUAUAAAGGUUUUGGUGUCUGGUUUGGAGAUUCUGGGGCUUUGAUACGGCAAUCUGUGUUGGAUUUGAAAGGAGGAAGAUGCCUCCUGUUGAUAGCAUAUGUCAUUUGCCCGAUGCACUACUCCUGAGAAUACUGUCAGAACUUCCUACUGCCAAAGAUGUUGUGGCCACAAUGGUUUUGUCAAAACGAUGGGAGCCUCUUUGGAAGUCAGUGCCAAAACUUGUAUUCGACGACGAUAGCAAUCAGAACAUUGAUGAUACUGGAAGCAGGUUUUCUCGCUUUGUGGAGAGGUCUUUGAUUCUGCACGAGGCACCGGUCGAAACUUUGCAUUUCAAUCUAACUGAGGAGUCUCUUGUUGUUAAUGAAAUUGGAGUAUGGAUUGCACUUGCAGUUAAAUGCAGUGUGCGUGACCUGAUAAUGGAUAUUGACUGUCCAACCAUACUUCCAAGGAGUUUAUAUAGAGGCUCUGGAAUGCUCGUUUCCUUGAAACUAAAGAGUGUGACUCUUAUGGAUGUUUCUCCAUUGCCUUCUUUCUUGACCCUUAAAGCUUUGACCCUUGCAUCUGUCAAGUACCCAGGUGAUGAGUUUGUCAGGAGGCUUUUGUCCAGCUGUCAUGUUCUUGAAGAUUUGGAUGUCGAACAAUGUGUCGGUGACAAUGUAACUAUUUUCACUGUUAAGGUUCCUUCUCUCAUUAGUGCAUCUUUGUAUAAAUCAGCAAAAAGAUGUACACAAAGUGAAGAUGGAUUUGUGAUCGAUGCUCCUUCUUUGGAGUACUUGAACAUUCUUUAUGAUACUUCUGGGUUUUGUGUCAUUGAGAAUGAUAUGCCUCAUCUUGGUGAGGCAGAUGUUGUCGCCUCUCAUAGUUCCCCUGGUGUGACUCUGACUUCUUUCAAUUCAGCAAAGCGUCUCUUUACAUGUUUACCAUACUCAAAGGAUGCAUAUUCUGUUGGUACUGUCUUCCACCGUCUUGUAUAUUUGAGAAUAUGCACAUGUGAGACAGAGUGGUUGAAUCUACUUAUGCGUUUACUCAAUGAUUCCCCUAAUUUACGGUUCCUCAAACUUCAAGAGUGCCAUAAGAUUGAUAGCACACGCCCCUGCUGGAAUGACCCAAGCUCAGUUCCCGAAUGUCUCUCAUCGAGUCUAGAAACUCUUGAAUGGGUAGGAUAUCAAGGAAGAGAAGAAGAGAAAGAAGUAGCAGCAUUCAUACUAAGAAGCGGAAGCUGUUUGAAGAAAGUAACUAUCUCUUCUAAAUCGACUGACUCGGACAAGAAAAAACUUGAGAUGCUCAAGGAGUUGUCCUUGUCCUUCAGGCGUUCACCUACAUGUCAGCUCGCAUUCAACUGAAGUUACGCUGAAUAGUCAAAGUUGGGUUGUGUUUGACCCCGUAUCAUAUAAAUGUAAAAAAAAGGCUUUGAGCUUAGAGGACUUCUCCACGCUGUGUUGUGUUUGUGCAAAGAUUGCUCCUAACUAUCAUGUUUUUAGAUUUGGUUUUGCUGUUGUUGCAACCUGUUUGUUUGCUGUCUUGGCUUUGUUAUGGAACACCUCUACACCA